AUGAAGAUAAGAGUGUGCCAAGGGGUUAGUGGCAUCAUCCUCGUCACCAUGGUUACCAGUUUCAUGUUGGCUUACAACAACAGCGGCUCUGGUGACAAAUCAUCUUCCUCAUCAUCACUACCGUCACACCGUUUACAACAUGGUCCUGUUCCGUCCACGAAAAAGCCAGAAAGACCGCAGCGACUCCUUGAGGGGUACACAGGUGUCAUGGAUCAUAAGCCUCUGAAGAUGCACUGCAGAACUUGUGCCCUGGUGACCAGCUCCGGCCAGCUGACUGGGAGCAGGAGAGGAGAAGAAAUCGACCGCUCUGAGUGCGUAAUCCGUAUGAACGACGCUCCCAGUAUUAGCCACCAGCGGGAUGUCGGGCGACGCACGAGCCUGCGUGUCGUAGCUCACUCCAGCCUGCAGAGGGUACUGCGAAGCCGGCAGGAGCUGCUCAACGCAAGCCAAGACACAGUGUUCAUCUUCUGGGGACCCAGCAGCUGCAUGAGACGGGAUGGGAAAGGCCACGUUUACAACAACCUCAGGCUGUUGAACCACCUACUGCCAAAACUUAAAGUCUACAUCAUUUCUCGGAUGAAAAUGCUGAAAUUCGAUGAACUGUUCAAAAACGAAACGGGGAUUGACAGAAAGAGAUCCAAUUCCUGGCUGAGUACCGGCUGGUUCACCAUGGCGAUAGCCGUGGAGCUGUGCGACAGGAUCAACGUGUACGGCAUGGUGCCACCGGAUUUCUGCAGAUCCUCCUCUCAUCCCUCUCUGCCGUACCAUUACUACGAGCCCUCGGGGCCCGACGAGUGCUCCAUGUAUCUCUCCCACGAGAGGAGCCGGCGAGGAAGCCACCACCGCUUCAUCACGGAGAAGGCCGCGUUCGCAAACUGGGCUCGAACCCUCGACAUCCACUUCCACCAGCCGGACUGGAAGCCGGCCGCCGUGAACGGCUCACGCCACGCUCCGGUUCCAGCCGGAUCCUGAGAUUCACUCCAGAGACAAUCCCUCUGGAAUGAAGUGUGGACGGUUUCCAGAUUCCCUCUCUGGGCGACAUGAAUGCGUGAGGCGGUA